AGCAUGCAGGAUCUAGUUCCCUGACCAGGGAUGGAACUUGAGCCCCCUGCAUUGGGAACGUGGGGUCUUAACCACUGGACCACCAGGGAAGUCCCUAGAGUUUUCACUUCUCAAUGCUCUUUUCCAUCUAGGAGACUUUUGGAAACUUGGGGAAGCAAAUAGGGUGCAGUUCCCACCCCUCCCCCAGUCUCAGUCCUCAGUGCCAUGUACUUGCUGGCCACUGAACAGCAGCAGGUUCUAGAUAAAGAGCAUACUGCUAAAAGGCUGUGGACUCUACCCUACCCCCUCAUCUGUCCUUCCUGUUGUCCCCUUGAGACGGUUUAAGCUUAGGGCGCUCCAAGGCAGUAGUCAGGAAGAAGCCUGGCUGUCCUGGGCUCAGAGCUGAGCACAAGGUUAAGCUUAUUCUGCAGGAGACCCUCUGAUGGGAGCUCCCCUGGGACAAGGCAUUGGUCAGUGAUGAUCUCAGCUGUGUCUGUGACACUCUCAUUCCUACUAGGGCCUAUCUGACGUCAACAGGAGGUAAGGGUGAUGCAAUGGGACCAAGGGAGUUUGGCAGAAGCCCUGGCCCAUACUCCACCCUUCAGACAAGAAUCCAGUCCCUGGAGGAACAGAGGAAGGGCUGAGUGGAUGAGCCCGUGGAGUGGGAGACACCUGACCUUUCUCAGGCUGAGAUUGAGCAGAAGAUCAAGGAGUACAAUGGCCAGAUCAACAGCAACUUGUUCAUGAGCCUGAACAAGGAUGGCUCCUACACAGGCUUCAUCAAGGUUCAACUGAAGCUGGUGCGCCCUGUCUCAGUUCCCGCCAGCAAGAAGCCACCCUCCUUGCAGGAUGCCCGGCGGGGCCCAGGGCGGGGUACAGCUGUGAAACGCCGCACCUCCUUCUACCUGCCCAAGGAUGCUGUCAAGCACCUGCAUGUCUUGUCACGCACACGGGCACGCGAGGUCAUCGAGGCCCUGCUGCGCAAGUUCUUGGUGGUGGAUGACCCCCGCAAGUUUGCACUUUUUGAGCGGGCUGAGCGCCAUGGCCAAGUGUACCUCCGGAAGCUGUCAGAUGAUGAGCAGCCCCUACGGCUACGGCUCCUUGCAGGGCCCAGUGAGAAGGCCCUAAGCUUUGUCCUGAAGGAGAAUGACUCUGGGGAGGUGAACUGGGAUGCUUUCAGCAUGCCUGAGCUACACAACUUCCUACGCAUCCUGCAGCGGGAGGAAGAGGAACAUCUCCGCCAGAUCCUGCAGAAGUACUCGUAUUGCCGCCAGAAGAUCCAGGAAGCCCUGCAUGCCUGCCCCCUGGGGUGACCUCUCGUACCCCUGGGUGGAAGGAGGAGAGUAGGCAGCGCCAAGGGCGUGCCGUGUGAGUGUGCAAAGGGCCAUGUGGCCCGAGGAAUGAGUGUGCAUGGAGGCCCUCUCUUGCUGGGGGAAUGAGCCCAGAGAACAGCGAAGGAGCUGGCCCCCUGUGUCCACCAGUGGGUGUAGCAGAGCAUGGCUCUACAUCCUUCUGCCCUUUGUGUACUGGGUCAUGGUGGGCCAGGGUUGCCCUGGGAAGCUGCUCCAAGCUUGCAGCAGGGGUAGAGGAGACAGAAGUCUCCUUAAUUUGUGUCUCAGAUAUGAGAAUCUUGGAGACCCUACAAACAGAAUAGGGUCAUGUUUGCAGGGAUGAGGGCCCUCACCUAUGGUGAAAGGUUGUGUGUUUCGGGUCUUGGAUGGGGUCUCAGGACAGUCCUAUCAGAACCGAGGGUGGGUGUUUAAGGUAAGACAGGCAUCAAGAAAGAGUCUAGGGUUCCCUCUACAGCACCCUCUGGCUCCUCACACACCCUGGGGUCAGGGAGUGCUGGCUCAUGGUGCAACAACAGUGCCUCUGCCUCCUCCAAGGAGGAUGUCCCUGUGCCAGGGUCUGUGUGAGUGUGGGCACUGUCCCAGGUCUGUGCCUUGUUUGCCAGUCAAAGCCAGGGUCUUUCCCUUGGGUAUUUUUGAUGAUGUGUGCGAAUGUAUGUAAUAUUUUGUGGCCUCAGUUGAAUGCCUCCUGUGGGGGAAGGGGUGGGGGUGACAGUCAUCAGGGCCUGGGGUCUGAGAGAAUUGGCUAAAUAAAGAUUUAAGAAUUCUC